AUGGCGGGCAUUGCAAUUUUAGGAGCUGGCAUUUUUGCCACUGAAGAACACCUGCCCGCGCUUGUGCUAAACAAAGCGAACAUCAAGGCAGUCUAUUCUCGUUCUAAAUCUACUGCAUCUACACUUGUAGCAGAAGCAAGCAAACUCGGUGUUGCCAAUCUUGAGCUUUACUCAGAAGAUACUUCUGGGCAUACGCUCGAUGAUCUUCUUAAGCGCAGCGAUAUUGAAGCAGUAGUCAUCGUUUUGCCAAUUCUGGUGCAACCGUCAAUUGUCAGGCGCUGCUUAGCUGCCGGCAAGCAUGUACUUUGCGAAAAGCCAAUCGCCAAAGAUGUCGCAACCGCUCGCGAAUUGAUCGACGACUACAAAAAGCUGUACUCAAGCAAAGGACUCAUUUUCAACAUUGCUGAGCAAUUCAGAUUUAUGCACGAGUUUGAACUUGGUCGAAAAUGGAUCGUGGAAGAAAAAGCAGUCGGUGAUAUUACCCAGGCGCACCUCAAAAUAUGGCGCAAUCAACCUCCGGAGGGGAAAUGGUACGAAACACCAUGGCGAAAAGUGCCGGAAUAUCAGGGCGGCCAAGAGGUUGUUGAGACAGCGGGGUUUGCCCGUCAGGUUUUGCCCCAUUUGCCGCCUCUCGAUACUCUCAAUGCCGGCAUCCUCCUGAGUGGUGGGGGAACUGGGACCAUCUCAAUGUCAUUUGCAUCAACGCGACGAGCUUCGGAGCUUACUAUUAUCGGAUCAAAGGGCAGCUUCUUCCUGACCGAUGGCCCCGAUGGUUUCAUAUUGUCUCUGGAUCUUGCUACAGGAGAGAGUAGAUCAGAGACAAUAAGAAGCAAAGGGGUAGAACUGGAAAUUAAAGCAUUCCUGGAGGCUGUUAAAGCCGGGAAAUCGGAAAAGAAGGCGGGCCCAGAAGAAGCACUGAACGACCUGGCAAUUAUAGAGAGCAUGUGCAAUGGUGGGGGCAAAGUAGAAUUAUACUAG